GCUCUCAGUACAUCACGCACUUGAUACAUCUAGACCUCUAUUUUUCAUAGUUAGGCAGCUCACUAUCUCUGGUGGUGGCUGAAAAGGUGUUGCUAGAAAUUCCCAUUCUGCCGAACCGCAAGUGUCCAGUGUCGGGAAGAUGGGUGGAGAUGAGAGGUGGUGCGUGGUGACCGGCGGCAGAGGAUUCGCGGCGCGGCAUUUGGUGACGAUGCUCAUCAAAUAUGGCAUGUUCUCGGUGCGUGUCGCAGAUUUGGGUCCCAGCAUCAACCUCAAUGCCGAAGAGGAGAAUGGUGUUCUAGGCGAGGCUCUGAAGUCUGGCCUAGCGGAGUACGUGUCCGCAGAUCUUCGCGACAAAUCUCGAGUGCUGAAAGUUUGUCAAGGAGCUGAGGUUGUCUUUCAUAUGGCUGCUCCAGAUUCCUCCAUUAAUAACCAUCAGCUGCAUCAUUCUGUCAAUGUCUUAGGGACCCAAAACAUUAUUGAUGCGUGUGUUGAGCUGAAAAUCAAACGACUUAUAUAUACUAGCUCCCCAAGUGUGGUCUUUGAUGGAGUUCAUGGAAUACUAAAUGGAAAUGAGUCGUUACCGUACCCUGAUAAGCACAAUGACUCGUACUCUGCUACAAAAGCCCAUGGAGAAGCUCUGGUUAUCAAGUCAAAUGGUUUACAUGGACUUCUGACGUGCUGCAUCCGACCUAGCAGCAUUUUUGGCCCAGGCGAUAAGUUGCUUGUUCCAUCAUUAGUUGCUGCAGCACGGUCAGGGAAAUCUAAGUUCAUCAUUGGAGAUGGCAACAACUUGUACGACUUUACUUAUGUUGAGAAUGUUGCACAUGCUCAUAUAUGUGCAGAGCGAGCUCUGGCAUCUGAUGGGACCGUAGCGGAAAAGGCUGCUGGACAGGCAUUCUUCAUUACCAAUAUGGAAGCAAUUAAAUUUUGGGAAUUUAUCUCUCUAAUUCUUGAAGGUCUUGGUUAUGAAAGGCCAAAAAUUAAGAUUCCUGCCUCUGUCAUGAUGCCAAUUGCGCAAAUGGUGGAGUUGAUAUACAAACUUUUAGGCCCUUAUGGGAUGAAGGUGCCACAGUUGACACCUUCAAGGAUUCGACUUCUCUCUAUCAGCAGAACCUUUGAUUGUUCUAAAGCAAAUGACCUUAUUGGCUAUACACCCAUCGUGCCACUACAGGAGGGCCUUAGAAGAACUAUUGAAUCAUACCCACACUUGAGGGCUGAUGUUCGAACUAAAAAGGAUGGGCCAUCUAAAGCUGAAUUACUUCUUGGCCGUGGAAAAGUUGCUGACACUCUACUGUGGAGGGACAAAAGGCAGACACUUACUUUAAUACUGAUAUUGGCCGCAUUAUAUUUCAAUUUCAUAACAACUGGGUGUACCCUCGUUACUGCAGUUUCCAAGCUUCUAUUACUGGCAUUAGUUUUCAUUUUCAUUCAAGGCAGACUGCCACAGAAAAUAUUUGGAUAUAAAAUUGAAAAAAUUCCCGAGUCAAAGUUCAAUGUCUCAGAAGCUGCAUCUCGGAAGGCUGCUCUUUCAGCAGCAUCCAGUUGGAAUUCUGCUGUUAGUGAUCUUAAAUCACUCUGUAAGGGAAACGACUCUAUGCUUUUCCUCAAGGUGGCUUUCUCUUUAUUGUUUCUCAGCAUGCUUGGUGCAGUUUCACUACGUAAUGCCUUCACAAUAGGACUACCACUAGCCUUUAUUUCAUUCGUCGUGUAUGAGAAAAAGGAGGAAGAGAUUGAUAAUCUAGUCCUAAAACUUGUCUCGUUUGGAUGCAAAUUGAAGUCCAAAGUCACUGGAAAGGUUUCCAACUCAAAGAAACAACUGUAGUUGAAGGAAGUCCAGUGUCAAUGUAAUUGGUGAAGUGACUUAGGUAAUAUCAAAUACUUAAAGUUUUAUCACCAGUUUUAUGAGGGUGCACAAUGAGACGAUAUAUGCCAUAACUUUCUAUUCUUUAUUUUUGGGGCAAAUGGUGAGGCCACCGUCUUCUCUUAACACUGGGAGUACAGUUAGCACGAGUGUUGUGGACUUUGAAUUUGUUCUUUUAUCACGGCUGUUUUGGUUCUUUUAUAGCUAAACUGUGAUUUAUCCUUUAGGGAUAAAACACUGGCUGAUUUAUCCUUUGGUUUCCAUUAACGGUUGAAUAAAGUGUUAAUAUGGAGCAAAAUCAAUUUAUUCCAAUUUAUCUCAUGGCAUGUACACAAGCAACCACGGGCUAAUUCAAAUCCAAACUUUAAAA